CACGGACGCACACGGCUACCACGACUCUGACAAAUCCAGUACCAGUUUCCCACCACCCUCUGACAAAUCCCGUGCGGCGUUGAACCAUACCACGGUCAUUGGGGGCGGGGCAAAACGUGACGUGACCUUACUACUGCUGUACCUGUCCGAGCGCCACGUCGACGCCCAGCGCAGCGCAAAACCCCCAACCCCCCACUACCCCGCUGUAACUCCGCGCACUACCGCUUCCACGGUUCCACCGCUCCACGGGCGCCAUCGCUCUGGCACACUGAGCUCACCAAUGGCCGCUUCGCACUGCCCAUUCCUGUUCCUCCUCCUCGCGCUGGCGCUGUCGGCCCCGGCGCUACUGCGAGCCGAUGGCGGCGGCGGCCAAGAGGCGAGGAAGACGUACAUCUUCCGCGUCGACCACCGCGCCAAGCCGUCGGUGUUCCCCACCCACGCGCACUGGUACGCCUCCGCCGCCUUCGCCUCCGCGGCCGGCCCGCUCGAGCCGCUCCACGUCUACGACACCGUAUUCCACGGCUUCUCCGCGUCCGUUCCGGCAUCCCGCGCCGAGGAGAUGCGGCGCCACCCGGCCGUGCUCGCGGCGUUCGAGGACCGGGUCCGGCAGCUGCACACCACCAGGUCGCCACAGUUCAUGGGCCUCCGCGCGCGCCUCGGGCUGUGGUCCCUCGCGGACUACGGCUCCGAUGUUAUCGUCGGUGUCCUUGACACCGGCGUGUGGCCCGAGCGCCGCAGUCUGUCGGAUAGAAACCUCCCGCCCGUCCCCUCGAGGUGGCGCGGCGGCUGCGACGCGGGGCCUGGCUUCCCCUCCUCGUCGUGCAACAAGAAGCUUGUCGGCGCGCGGUUCUUCUCCCAGGGCCACGACGCGCACUACGGCACCGCGGCCGUGGCGUCCAACGGGUCCGUGGAGUUCAUGUCACCCCGGGACGCGGACGGGCACGGGACGCACACGGCCACGACAGCCGCGGGCAGCGUCGCCUACGAGGCAAGCAUGGAGGGCUACGCUUCCGGUGUCGCCAAGGGUGUCGCGCCCAAGGCCAGGGUGGCCGCGUACAAGGUGUGCUGGAAGGGUGCCGGCUGCCUCGACUCAGACAUCCUCGCGGGCUUCGACCGCGCCGUCGCGGACGGCGUCGACGUCAUCUCAGUGUCUAUCGGCGGCGGCAGUGGUGUGACGUCGCCGUUCUACCUAGACCCAAUCGCGAUCGGGUCGUAUGGCGCUGUCUCCAGGGGAGUGUUCGUGGCCACCUCCGCCGGAAACGAGGGGCCAACCGCCAUGUCAGUUACCAACCUCGCCCCGUGGCUCGCCACCGUGGGUGCCGGUACCAUCGACCGUAAUUUCCCUGCCGAAAUCGUGCUUGGCGACGGCAGGCGCUUGUCAGGGGUAUCACUGUACUCCGGCAAGCCUCUGGCCAAUUCAUCGUUGCCUUUGUACUACCCCGGAAGGUCAGGCGGGUUGUCCGCUUCGCUUUGCAUGGAGAACUCCAUCGACCCGUCACUGGUGAAAGGCAAAAUCGUCAUCUGCGACCGCGGCAGCAGCCCACGCGUGGCCAAGGGGAUGGUCGUCAAAGAAGCUGGUGGCGCCGCAAUGGUUCUUGCUAAUGGAGAGGCCAACGGUGAAGGCCUUGUUGGAGACGCCCAUGUCCUCGCUGCUUGCUCAGUCGGCGAAAAAGAGGGCGACGCGCUCAAAGCUUAUGCUGCCAACGCCUCCAACCCGACCGCAACAAUUAGCUUCGGUGGCACGGUCGUCGGCGUCAAGCCGGCGCCCGUGGUGGCAUCCUUCUCGGCGCGGGGGCCCAACGGACUCGUCCCUGAAAUCCUCAAGCCGGACUUCAUCGCCCCUGGCGUGAACAUCCUCGCGGCGUGGACGGGCGCCACGGGCCCGACCGGAUUGGAAGGUGAUGCCCGCCGCACGGAGUUCAACAUCCUGUCGGGGACGUCCAUGGCGUGCCCGCACGCGAGCGGCGCCGCUGCGCUGCUCCGGUCCGCGCACCCCGGGUGGUCGCCGGCGGCGAUACGCUCCGCGCUGAUGACAACGGCCAUCGUGGUCGACAACCGGGCCGGACCCGUGGGCGACGAGGCCGAGGCCGGGCGCGCCGCGACGCCCUUCGACUACGGCGCGGGGCACAUCGGCCUCGGCAAGGCCCUGGACCCGGGUCUGGUCUACGACGCUGGGGAGGACGACUACGUCGCGUUCAUGUGCAGCAUCGGCUACGAGGCCAACGCGAUCGAGGUGGUCACGCACAAGCCCGUGUCGUGCCCCGCGACGAACCGGAAGCCCUCGGGCUCCGACCUCAACUACCCGUCCAUCUCCGUGGUGCUCUACGGAGGCAACCAGUCAAAGACAGUGAUCCGCACGGCGACCAACGUCGGCGCCGACGCGUCCGCGACGUACAGUGCGCGCGUGCAGAUGGCGAGCGGCGGCGUGUCCGUGUCCGUGAAGCCGGAGAAGCUCGUCUUCUCCCCCACCGCCAAGAAGCAGAGCUUCGCAGUGACGGUGGUGGCGCCGUCCGCUCCGCCCUCCGCAGCGCCGGUGUACGGAUACCUCGUCUUGUCCGACGGCGGCGGCCACGACGUCCGGAGCCCCAUCGUGGUGACGUGGCUGCAGCCGAUGUGACUGGCAAGUGGAGACACCACAUCCUGUGCUGUGGGUACAGGAGCUGGCAGGCGGCAGGAGUCAAAGAGCAGUGGGCCAGUAACGAUAAAGUUGAGCGGUCGGCACUGCGCCAUUAAUGGUGGCAGGGAACGGCACUUUAAUUCGGUGGGGGUCCAGCACUCGGUAGAAAUUGAUUAACCGCAAAUGCUGUAACACUAUGGGGGUAUAGUGACACUGUGAUAAGGGGUAAUUUCGUCCGCUGUUUUUACCUGCUUCUUCGUUUCUGGAGGUAACAGUACUGGCCAGCCACUGGAGGACAGAAGCAACGGAAAGAAAUGGAGAAACAAGACAAAACUACGAAAUACUGCUACCAUUAGCUUGGGUAUUUCUGUGCGGAUUAUCUGAAGCAAUUUAUCUUAGUUGCAUUCUCUACAAAAUCUAAUGGCGGUUUUGUCUCCUUAUAGAGCAUUUUUUUGUCCUUAUUUCUGAUUCUGCCAGGUUUGCUGCGAGAUUCUGUAUACUAGUAGUAUAUUCGGCGGUUAUUUUCUUGGAUGGGUACAAGAACUCGUGACCUGAUAAAGUUCAUCGGUUGUUCUUGUACUGUACUACUCGGUAUUCGGCACCUUUGGGUCGUUUUCCACGAGCUCUUUACGCAGCUGCGUCAACAACGAGGAGAGCAGGACUGAUGCUUCUCGAGCUGUGCAGGUACUCGAAUAAGCAAAGCCGCCAUCAUUAUUGUGCAUCAGGCCAUGGA